AUGAGGAACUGGGGCUUCACACUGAAAUCCACCAAGCCCCAGGUCUGCCCUUCCCCCAACCGCAGCAGUGGUCUGACCAGGCUUCCCUGGCUGGACAACAGAGGAGGCAAGAGCCUCAGCCUUAGCCGCUGGCCAGCCCUCCCCCUCCGGUCCCCUGCCGCCUCCCUGCAGCCUCUCUCUUCCUCCUGGCAAAGCAUCCAGCCCCUGCCUGCUCCUUCUCUGUCCUGGGCCCUGAGCGCCUCGGGCAGGCGCUUCCCUCCCUCCCUCCCUCCGGGGCGCCUCCGCCUCCCUCUCCUGCUCUUCCCCUUUCACCCUGGCCCUGCCCUGGACUCUGCAAACAUGAGGGUCUUGGCCUGCCUCCUUGCGGCACUGGUGGGGAUCCAGGCUGUUGGGUCCAGUGGCCAGGAUGCUGGCCUCCUAAUGGCACCCUAUGGGACAGCCCCCAGCUCCUACUGUCACCCUGGCCCUGGGGCCUCAGAGUCACAGCCUUUCCUCCGCCCCCCUCCCCCAGAGCGACUGCGCCUGGCUGACGGCCCCCACGGGUGUGCCGGCCGCCUGGAGGUCUGGCACAGCGGGCGCUGGGGCACCGUGUGCGACGAUGGAUGGGACCUGCGUGAUGCCGCUGUGGCCUGCCGGCAGCUGGGCUGCGGGGGGGCGCUGGCUGCCCCAGGGGGCGCCUUCUUCGGGGAGGGCGCGGGGCCAGUAUGGCUCAGCGAGCUGGCCUGCCGGGGCAGCGAGGGGCAGCUGGGCCUCUGUCCCCACCGGGGCUGGAAGGCCCAUAUCUGCUCCCAUGAGGAGGACGCAGGCGUCGUCUGUGCAGGUCAGCGUGUGGCUAACUCGAGGGACAAUCCCACUUCCCCGCUGGAUGGGGAUUUGUGGCCAGGGCUGUCUGGGGAGCUGAGCCCCAGCUCGGAGGAGCCCCCCGUUACUCCUGCUCCCCGCCCAGCGGGGAGCCCCCAGAACAGCCCCCGGAAGAAGAGCCCCCGGCCGCCCAAGCAGCCCAAGUCCACCCGGGCUCCUUUGCUGACUACUGGAGCCCCCCGCCAAGAGCGGCUACGCCUGGUCUCAGGCCCUCACGGCUGCGCCGGCCGCCUGGAGGUCUGGCACGGUGGGCGCUGGGGCACUGUUUGCGACGAUGGCUGGGACCUGCGCGACGCUGCCGUGGCCUGCCGGGAGCUGGGCUGCGGAGGGGCGCUGGCCGCCCCGGGGGGUGCCCGAUUUGGGCCAGGUUCAGGGCCGGUGUGGAUGGACGACGUGGGGUGCGGAGGAGGAGAGCAGGCCCUCCGGGACUGUCCCCGGAGUCCCUGGGGCCGCAGCAACUGCGACCACAGCGAGGACGCUGGGCUGGUCUGCACCGGCCCGGCCCCCAGGCUGCGCCUGGCCGAUGGCCCCCACGGCUGUGCCGGCCGCCUGGAGGUCUGGCAUGGUGGGCGCUGGGGGUCAGUGUGCGACGACGCCUGGGACCUGCGUGACGCCGCAGUGGCCUGCCGGGAGCUGGGCUGUGGGGGGGCGCUGGCCGCCCCUGGGGGCGCCUUCUUUGGGGAGGGGUCUGGACCCAUCAUCCUGGACGAUCUUCGGUGUCGCGGAAAUGAGACGGCCUUGCGAUUCUGCCCAGCGCGGCCCUGGGGCCAGCAUGACUGUCACCACCGCGAGGACGCUGGGGCCGUGUGUGAUGGCAUGCCCCUCGGAUAUGUCCCUCCCACGGCCCCUGCAGUGGACAGCAACACCUCAACGUCCAGGCAGGCAGUCUCCAGGCCUCUGUCCCCCACAGUGAGCCAGGCCCCAGGGACAGCAGGCAUUUCACCUCCUCCAGCCUCUCCUACCGCGCCUCGGGAGCCUGGACCAGAGGCCGGGUCCCCCCAGCUGCGCCUGGUGGCUGGGCCCAGCAGGUGCUCAGGUCGGCUGGAGGUGUGGCAUGAUGGGCGCUGGGGGACGGUGUGUGAUGAUAGCUGGGACAUGCGGGACUCAGCUGUGGUCUGCCGGGAGCUGGGCUGUGGUGGACCUCGGCAGCCAGACCCUGCUGCUGGCCGCUUUGGCUGGGGUGCAGGCCCCAUCUGGCUAGACGAUGUGGGCUGUGUGGGGACCGAGGCUUCGCUGUCUGACUGCCCUGCCGCUCCCUGGGGGAAGCACAACUGUGCUCACAAUGAGGAUGUUGGCGUCACCUGCACCGGCCCUCCUGGCCUGGACUCUGUCUCAGACCCCUUCAGCUGGAGCUGGAUCCCUGGACUGGGUAGAGAUCGGGAUGCCUGGCUCCCAGGAGAGAUGGUGACCAAGCCCUCUGCAAGUCUGACCUCUAGUGUUCCAGAGAAAACUACCAUGAAAGCCCCAGGGAAAAUGCCUAAGAGUACUAAGAAGUGGGUGACAAAAAAUGCAAAGAGACCAACCACUCAACCCCUAGUAACACCAACCACUAAACACUCCAGGGGCCUGGGCACCCAAGGCCUCCCAGCACUGACCUCAAGGACCACUACAACCCUGACCACUGAAGCCUCCAGAAGACAGACCUCACACACAACUGCCACACUGACUUCUCAGGCCCCCCGAGAACGAACUUCUAAGACCAUGGCAAUGCUGACCACUCAAGGCCCCCAAGAAAUGACCUCUGAGGCCACCAUCAAGAGAAUCCCUCAGGCUUCCCUGGAGCCAUCUGCCGAGAUCCCAGCAGAAGGGUCUCCAGAGUCACCCAAAGAACCAUCCUCCUCCCCCACUGCUGGCAUCACUGAGGAACCAGGCUUGUUCCGGGUUCGUCUGGCCGAUGGGCCUAACCGAUGUGCUGGCCGGCUAGAAGUGUGGCACGCUGGACGCUGGGGGACAGUGUGUGAUGACAACUGGGACCUGCGGGAUGCCACUGUGGCCUGCUGGGAACUGGGCUGUGGAAAGGUCCGGCCCCGGGUGGGCAAAACCCACUAUGGCCCCGGGACUGGGCCCAUCUGGUUGGAUGACAUGGGCUGUAAGGGAAGCGAGGCCUCGCUGAGCGACUGCCCCUCAGGGCCGUGGGGGAAGCACAACUGUGACCAUGAGGAAGACGUGGGGCUCACCUGCACUGGCUACACAGACGAAGAUGAUUAUCCCCCCUGGACCUGGGAUCCUACCUCAGGAGAGGACCUGGCCAAGGGGACCACCACGGCAGGGGUACCUGGACACACUCUCUCUUGGGGCACCACCAGGCGCCCAGGGCUCUCCUCCCUGGCAACAUGGCACCUGCCGGUCACAGGUGACAAGGAUGGUUACGAGCCUCCCUGGACGUGGGACACACCUAUGAGAAGGGGCCUGGCUAAGGGUGCCCCUACCACAGGCAGACCUGCACCCACUCGUGCCACUGGCACCACCAGGAGUCCAGGAAGCCCUCCUCUAGCUCCAAGGGUCCACGAGGACACAGGUUCCCCGAGGAAACCGUGGCCCGAGCGCCGGCUGCUGCGACCCACUGCGACCCGGACAGCGCCCCCCACCCCAUCCCCAGCUCCCUCCGCCUCGGUGGAGCCCCCAGGCCCACUGCUGACCUCUGGGCCACAGCUCAUCGCCGACUCAGCUUCAACGACCUCUGGCCCUCCUGACACUUCGCCACCCACCCCAGACCCGGGGAACCCUGACUUCGUCUUCACAACCCCUGACCGUCCUUUGUCCACCCCUGACUCCAGUGUGAUUCCAACGCUGACUCCAGAACUCUCACCCCCUCUAUCACCCACACUGCCCAAAGGGCUGACCUCUGACUCCUCUGCACAGUCAGAGGUGACCAGCCUUCCCCCGACCUCAGAGCUGACCCCAGAAUCUGACACAACCCCAGACUUGGACACAGCCCCAUACCCAAAUACAGUCCCAGAAUCUUCUGGCUCCCCACACCCUUCCACAACCCCUUGUCACACUACCACCCCGCACUCCACCAUAACCCCUCACCCUGCCACAACCCCUCAUCCUGCCACUACUCCUCAACCCACCACAACCCCUCACCCCAUGACGACCCCUCAACCCACCACGACCCCUCACCCCUCCACAACCCCUCGCCCCACGACGACCCUUCAACCCACCACGACCCCUCACCCCACCACUACCCCUCAACCCCCCAUAACCCCUCAACCCACCACGACCCCUCACUCCAUGACAACCCUUCAACCCACCACGACCCCUCACCCCACCACUACCCCUCAACCCACCACGACCCCUCGCCCCUCCACAACCCCUCACCCUAUGACGACCCUUCAACCCACCACGACCCCUCACCCCACCACUACCCCUCGUCCCACCACAACCCCUCGUCCCUCCACAACUCCUCACCCCAUGAUGACCCCUCAACCCACCACGACCCCCCAACCCACCACCACCAUUUACCCCACCGUGACUCCUGACUCUCCCACAACUCUUCAACCUACCACGACCCCUCAACCCACCACAGCUACUCACCUCAUCACAGCUCCUGACCUCACCUCAACCCCUAUCAUCACUGCUAAGUCCCUUCCAACCUCCUUGGUGACAGAACUUUCCUCACUCACUCUAGCACCAACAGCCAAGCCCAGCCCGCACCCCCAGGUGACCUUCAUGGCAUCUGCCCCUCACACCUCCACAUCUCAGAUGCCAACCCUAGAGCCCUCUCCAACCUUGGAGUCCAGCACCUCCAGGUCCUCCAGAACUCCAAGCACAGACCCGCUGUCCACUGAGGAUUUCAAACCAUCUAAAGGCCAGAGCCCCAAACUAACUCCUCCACCUACCCAGACCCCACACUCAGCCUCUGACCCCACUGUUAUUCCUGACCUCCACCUCUCCUCCAUGGCCCACCCCUUGGAUCAACCUCCCCCUGACCGAGGGCUACCCCCUAGUCAGAGCCCAGGCCCCCUUGGCCCAUGUGUGGCUCCAACCCCACCUAUAAGGGUCAUGGCUUGUGAGCCACCUGCCCUGGUGGAGCUGGUGGCUGCUAUGAGGGAUGUGGGUGGUCAGCUGCAGAGGCUGACCCAGGUCCUGGAGCAGGACCGGCAGGAGCGCCAAGCCCUGGGGCUGGGGCUGACUCAGCUGGUAGAAGCUGCCCAGGGUCUAGGGCAGCUGGGCGAGGCUAUAAAGAGACUGGCAGAGGUGGCCUGGCCCCCCAGCACACUUGUGCCAACCACCACCACCCCAGAGGAGGAGGAGAGGCCUCUGAGAGGAGAUGUGUGAUCCUCUUCCGGAUUUGGGGGGCUUAAGACACUCCCAACCAAAACCAAAACCAAACAGAUUAUUAAUUAAAACAAGGCGUAAAUGGU